AGAACCAUCGAUUUUCAGCAGCAGGAAAAGCAGCAGCAGGGAAACUGUGUGGGCAGCAGGCAGUCAGCUAGUCAGUCAGUCAGGUUGAAACAGUUAAAUUAUGAGAACGUAUACAAGACCUGCCCGUAUUCGCCGCAGCAGUCAAUUCGCCGUCUGAGAGCGAAGGAAGGAAAAUUUGUGUGUGUCCUUUGGAGUCGACGUGUCGAAGCGAACGAACUGAAUUGCGAGCAGAGCAAGCAGCGAGAAAAACUGGUGAAACUGGCGUAGCAUUGCAUACGCAUUCGCAUCCGCAUCCGCUGAAUAAUUGAGCCACUGCAACCACCUGGCCAGACGUGUGUGGGACGCGAGCGUGUAAAUAAUUGAUUGGGUAAUCGUAAACAAAGGGAGCAAAGUCGAGUCGAGUCGGAGCACCGCGGCGUAUGUUAGUCCAGUGCCAAGGCUGAGCUGCGUCCCUUCUUCCCCCCGAGCGAACAGGACCUGCCGUUGCUACCAUUAUCGAUUUGUGUGUAUGUGUGGCUGGCUGAGCGUGUGAGCAACAACACACGGAGGGGCAGGCACAGCACGUCAACAACAGCAGCAGCAGGAUCUUCUGCAGGACCAGCAUCGCCAGCAACAACAGCAGCAGCAACCGCAGCAACCUCAAGACAGCAAGCAAACCGCUCUAGACCUACACAAUGGCCAGCGGCGGAGACCCCAAGUGGCAGAAGGAUGCCGCCGAUCAGAACUUCGACUACAUGUUCAAGCUGCUCAUCAUCGGCAACUCCAGCGUGGGCAAGACCAGCUUUCUCUUCCGCUACGCCGACGAUAGCUUCACAUCCGCCUUCGUUUCCACGGUGGGCAUCGACUUCAAGGUGAAGACCGUCUUUCGGCACGACAAGCGCGUUAAGCUCCAGAUCUGGGACACGGCUGGACAGGAGCGAUAUCGCACUAUCACCACAGCCUACUACCGCGGCGCCAUGGGUUUCAUCCUGAUGUACGAUGUCACCAACGAGGACAGCUUCAACUCAGUGCAGGACUGGGUUACACAAAUCAAGACGUACUCGUGGGACAAUGCCCAGGUGAUCCUGGUGGGCAACAAGUGCGACAUGGAGGACCAGCGUGUGAUUAGCUUCGAGCGCGGCCGCCAGUUGGCCGACCAAUUGGGCGUUGAGUUCUUCGAGACGUCCGCCAAGGAGAAUGUGAAUGUCAAGGCUGUGUUCGAGCGUCUGGUGGACAUCAUAUGCGACAAGAUGUCAGAGAGCCUGGACGCGGAUCCGACGUUAGUGGGCGGCGGCCAGAAGGGACAGCGGCUGACGGAUCAGCCGCAGGGCACGCCCAAUGCCAACUGCAACUGUUAGAGCUCGGGAUGAUGGAAGGGCAGGAGGAUCCUGCGUGGGAGGAGGAGAAGCACCACAACAACAGCAACAAACCACAGACAACAGAAUUGGAAACUAGCUAAUUAGUCAGCAUUGAAACGAGGUACUCGCCGCUAAUCCUUCAGUAAGCCGACGACGAAAAGGCGGAGAUAAAGAUAAUGAUGAUAUAUAUAUACGUGCUUCCCCCCCUCGGGGAAGGGCACUAUGUUUGUAUCGAUAUGUGUAUGUAUAUCCUUUGCGUUCGGUCGUCUCAGUGUAAAUGUCAAAAUGUUAUUUAAUCCGA